AUGCCAGAACUCACUCAAGAUCCUGUCAUAUCAGCACAAUUACAGUUUGCCAAUCUUGUGACCGCAUAUCUUGUUUAUAUGUAUUUUGCAGUGAUUGUGAUAAUAUUUCCACCAUGUUCAAAUACGUAUGAUUAUACCUUACCUGUUUGUGGUGAGUUUCCAUGUUAUUUAGAUAUACCUUUACUUGGUAUAUGGGAUACAGUUAUAAAUAGUAUUAUACCAACUGCAAUAAUUAGUAUUUUUAGUAUAAUUGUAUUAGUUCGUGUUUAUAUUCAAAAACGACGUCUUAAUCAAGCUAAUCAAUGGCGUAGACAACGUAAAAUGACAAUUCAAUUAUUUUCUAUUUGUAUUUUAUAUUUAGCGGCGAAUGUUCCACUCAAUCUUGUUAUUUUUAGUCAUAUUUGCGGUCUACCCUAUCACUUUGGUGCAGAUGUACAAGUUUACGCUAAUUAUCUAUGUUAUUUCGUUACUCUUUUAUUUCCAUUUGUCUGUCUUAGUACUCUUUCUGAAAUGCGCAAAAAACUACGAUGGAAAGGUCUACUUUUAUUUCGACGAUCGCAACGCAUUGCUACGAUCAAUCCUAAAUGA